AUGGCAUUUUCGCCUCAGUGGCUCACCGCGAAGCACUCGGACUCGCGUAGUCCUGUCGGUCAGGAGGCGGGGGAGGGGGGCGGGUACGUCAAGAAGGAGCGCUGGGUGGAUCCGCCGGGGAUGGGCGCUCCCCGCCCGGGGCUUGGCGCGGGAGCGGAGGGGGGGAGUGUAGAUUACCGCAAGGAGCGUUGGGCGGAUAGCGGUACGCGGAGCUUCGACCAGCGCCGCGAGACGAAGUGGGGCUCGCGGUGGGGAAGCGCGGAGGAGAAGGACAAAGAGAAGGACAAAAGCGUUGUUCACAGCGAGAGCUGGGGGGAGAAAAGCGGGCAUGGCGGAGGCGGGCUGCGCGAGCGCGGAACGCCGGAGUCCGCGCAGAGCGGGGGAAGUGCGCGCUGGACACUGCCGGGGGAGAAGGAAUCGGACAAACCUAGGGAAUACGAGAGAAGCCGCCCCGCUAUCGGCGCUCGAGACAGCGACAAGGGGAAAGAGGCUGACAAAGACAUAGGCGGCGGAGGGGCCGUUGGGGCUGGGGCGGGGGGGGCGGGGGGACCCGGGGGUGGUAGCUCCGGCGGAGCGGGGGGCGGAAGCUGGACUAGAGACACCACCGCGGGGAGGUCAGAGACGGGGGGAAAGUGGCGCCCGCAGUCGAUCGCGGGACGGGGCCGCGGAGAGGCUCCGCCAACGGGCACUGCUACAUCCUCCGCCGCCCCCUUUUCCAAGUUCCAGCCAGGGUUUGGGUUCGCGGGUCGCGGGCGCGGAGCGCCCGACGCCGCAGGAGCAGGCGCAGGCUCUUCUGCCCUCGUUGCUGGCGCGGGAGGCGGAGGCUUUGCGCGGGGCCGCGGAUUCGGCGGGGGGGCAGGGGGAAGCUGGGACGUUCCGGGGCAGGGCUCCAGGGCGCAGCAUAUCGGCGCUCCUCCCCCGGAGUCUGGCGGAGCGGGCGCUCCGCCAUCCGCGGAGACGUUCAGGUACCCCCGCGCGCGGCUGCUGGAGAUAUACCAAGCGCACAAGCGUGCGCCGGAGUUCAGCGCGGCAAUCCCGGGGGAGUGGUCUGAGGCGCCCGCGCUUUUGGGGUCGGAGCCGCUGGUGCCCAUGGCGCUGGUGGAAGCGAGCGCGGAAGAAGAGGCGGUGAUGGCGGCGAUUGAGAGCGGGGAGAUCGUGGGCAGUGGCGUGGUGCACGCGUCCAGGGACAAGGACGCGCCGCCGCGAGAUAAAGCUGCACAAGAAGGCGACAAACGCCCUCCCACGCAUGCACCUGGCACAGCAGCAGCCACCCACCCAACCGACCACCCCACCCAAUCUUCCCCAGCUUCACCUCCCCCAGGCUCCACCUCCCUCUCUCCCUCAGCCAAACCCACCACCACCACCCCGUCCGUCCCACCUGAAAAGCUCCUGCUACAGUACCGCGACCCUCAGGGGGAAGUUCAGGGGCCGUUCCCAGGAGAGGACAUCAUGGGGUGGUACGAGGCGGGGUUUUUUGGACUGGAGCUGCCGGUGAGGCCGGUGGAUCCGGGGACGGGGGAGGCGGCGCCUGGGGUGCAGUUUUUGCCACUGGGGGAUGUUAUGCCGCAUCUGAAGCCCUCUGCUAAGGUUCCUCCUGGCUUUGCCGCUGCUGCUGGCGCUGCUGGUGCUGCUGGUGUUGGUUCUGCUAGUGGUGGUGCUGGUGGGGGUGCUGCUACUGCUGCUGCUGCUGCUCCUGGCGUGGACGAGCCAGGCGCCCUUUACCAAGCCUCCUGGCCAGCUCCGGGCGCGGAGGAGCUUCGGGCCGAGCCGGGGGUGCAUGGGGCGGGAGCGGGUGUGGCUGGAGCGGUGGGUGCUGGAGCGGCAUCAAGGUCGUUUUCCAGUCUUGAUGCGCUGGCUCAGGAUGAGUUAAGUCUACGAAUGGUAGAGGCGCUGGUACAUGCCGGUAUUCCCAAGGAUGCUCCGUUAGAGCAGCUGCUGCAGCACCCGCCUAUAACGGAUCUGCUUAUGCGCGUACAGCAGGAGGUGGUGCAGCAGAGGGAGCAGCGGGAGGCGCAGCUGAGGGAGGUGCAACUGAGGGAGGCGCAGAUGCGAGAGGCGCAGUUGAGGGAGGUGCAACUGAGGGAGGUUCAGAUGCGGCUGCAGCAGUCUCUGGCUCUGGAUACAGGUGCUUCCGGGGGAGGUUUGCCUGGGGGGGUGGGAGUGGCAGGUGCGGCUGGCUUGCCACACGUGUUGGCGAAAGAGGGCGGGUUACCAGAGGUUGUGGUGGAAGGGUCGGUCGGGGCAGAGCAACAGGGUAAGGCAGAGGACACGGCUGGACACCAGCAGCAGCAGCAGCAGAAAGAGGGAGGGGAAGGGGAGGGUGAGGCGUUGAAGGGCUUUGCAGAUCAGGGCGAUGGGGCAGGGAAGGGAGAUGAGGUGGCGGCUGCUGGGGAUGCAGAGGCGGAGGAAGGGCAGGGAGAGGCUAUGAGCGUUGGUGGUAAAGGGAAGAAGGAGGAGGUUGUUAACGAGGAUAAGACAGCCCCUACUGUCCCCGCCAAGUCCCUUGCACAGAUCCUAGAGGAAGAGGCAGCGGAAGCAGAGAGGCAGAGGGAGGAGCAAGAGCGGCGAAUCCAGGCAGCCAUUGCAGCAGGCGAGGUGAUUGGGGGGCCUGGUGGGUUUGGCAGCGGCAGCGGGGGGUUAGGAGGAGGAGGAGGAGGAGCCACUGUCUGGGGCAACGCUGGGUCUCCUUCUGUUAUGUCUCGGAAAAAAUCCCUUAAGGAGAUUCUGGAAGAGGAGGCUGCUGCGGCAGCGGCAGCGGCAGCGGCAGCGGCUGCAGAUACUGCAGCGGCUAGAAGUGCGGUUACUGCCAGUGCGGUGCUUUUCCCCCAGCCGCCUUCUCUGGAGCCUAGAACUGGGGCGAGUUUGUUUGAUCCCCUUAGCGGCAGGGGGUAUUCCAGUCCGGCUGGAGCAGGGGUGGCUGCAGGCGGGGUUGGGAGCGGUUCAGGGCGGUUGGGAGGAGGAGCGGGUGCAGGCUCAGGUUCGGCGGGACGUUCAGCAGUAGCAGCGGGAGGAUCGGGAGGAGGGAGAGGGGGCAGGGGGGCGGUUCUGUCUCUGGCAGAGAUUCAGGCUGCAGAGGAGAGGGCGAAGGCAGAGGAGAGGCAGAGGCAGGAGGAGCGGGCGAGGGAAGAGGAGAGAGUGAGGCAGGCGCAGAUUAGGGUUCUGCAGGAGCGGGUGGGGCCUGGUGCGUCUGCUGCUGUGCCGUCUGCUGCGGCUGCGGCUGUUGGGAUGGGAGGAGUGGGCGGGGCAGGAGGUUUGGGAGGGAAGGUGAAGGGAGGUUCGGUGGGGAGUGGGAGUGGGAAAGGAGGAGGGAAGAAGCAGCAGCAGGAGAGGAAGGAGGCCACGGUGGUGGUGGAGGAGGAUGAGGACAUGUUCUGGGACUACUCGUACCAGUCUAACACCAGUAAGGAGGUUCCAGCAGCACCAGCAGCUGUGGAGACCAAGUCCAAGGGGUCCAAGAAGAAGGGUGCAAAGUCAACCCAGUCAGCAGCAGCAGCAGCGUCGGCUCAUGUGCCCCCAGCAGAGCUCCGGGCAGCUCAGGAAUUUCGGCAGUGGUGUGAAUCCAACAUCCUCAAGCUCACGGGCAGCCCUGAUCUCACACUGAUAGACUUCUGCAUGUCACUCCCCAAGGCAGCAGACGACCAGGUGCGGCAGUACCUCUUCCAGUACCUCGGCGCUGCCCCCCCUGCCUCCGCCUUCACCUCCUCCUUCCUCUCGCGCCGAUCCGCGCUCUCCCCUGCUGCUGUGCGUGUGGCCUUCCCUGUGAGUGAGGCGGUUAUUCAGGAUGACUCGUCUCUUCUCAGCGGUAGUAGUGGUGGCAGUGGUGCUGGUGGUGGUGGUGGGAAAAAGGGUGUGGCAGGGCAAGGCUCGGCAUCCUCACGUCCUGCUGCCUCGGCUCAGGAGGAGGCUCGGAAGGUGACUGCAAGUGGAUCGGGGUCUGGGAAGGCUGGGAGCGGUGGGGGUAGUGGUGCUGCUGCUGCUGCUGGUGCUGGUGGUGCUGCUUCUGGGGGCGGUGAGGGAGGGGGGGAUGGGGCGGGAGGGAAGAAGAAGGGGAAGAAGGGAAAGAAGGUGGUGGAUCCGUCUCUGCUGGGGUUCAGUGUUACCAGUAACCGCAUCCUCAUGGGUGAGAUUCAGCAUGUGGAGGAUUAG